UAAACCUCAAAAGCCCUAGCAAAAUUAUUACUUCUUUCUUUUUUCUUUCCCUCUGUUGGGUUACGUAGAAAACUGGCACUCUGUUUGGGAAUUUAGUAAAGAAAAGAAAAGAACUGAUUAGAUAAGUUAGAAGAGAAAAGAGAAGAAAUUGUUUGAAUAAAUAGGAGAGAAAGGUAAAGAAAAAAAAAAUCAUGUUAUAUUACCCAAAUAAUUUUUUGUAGGUGCUAGUUUGUGGUGUUAUUUUAUUUAUUUAUUUUUAUCUAAAGUCAUUUUUCCCCCCAAGUGGAAGGACUGAAAAUGAGGGUUAUGAGGGAAAUGAAUUUCUCUCAAUUCAUCCCAUCUCUUUACUAAUCCAAAACAAGUGAUAUGAACAAAGAGAAAUAAGUUUCUUUUAUUUUCUUCCCAAAUCAUGGGAUGUGAAUGUAAAGAAAACAAAAGGAAAUAGACUGGGCAAUUCUUCAUGUGAGAGGUUGUUUUAAUUACUGGACUCUGAAUGUUUCAACUGAACUGAACUGAAUGAAUUGGGUUUCUUUUUUUUUUUUUAAACAGUUCCUUCCUACAUUUUCCUUGCCAACCAACAGCAGGGUUAGUCUUCUGUUUGGCUGAUGUGAAAACAGAAGUGAAGAACAUAAAAUUGAACUCUAGAUGUAUUGUUGAUUUGGUAUUUAAAACGUGAAACCUCGACUUGACGUAGUCUAUUAGGUGUAAGUUUCUUGUGCUUCAAACAGAGGAAAAUCUAGGAUUUGGAACCUUCUACCUCACCCUAGCCAUUUUCUAGUUUUUUCGAGGUAUCCACACAGGAUAUGUUAUAUUUGUUUUGAUUGCUUGAUUAUUUGAAUAUGAGUUAUUGAAGGAUUCUACAAGAGUCGUGAGUGCUCUGCGUAAUAAGCUUUGUUCUAGUGAAGAUAAUGCAAGUGAUAAGGAUGUUGGGUUGUAUGUAAUGGCAGAUACAACUUAUGGCAGUUGUUGUGUUGAUGAGGUUGGGGCAUCUCACAUUAAUGCGGACUGUGUCAUUCAUUACGGACAUACAUGUCUUAGUCCGACAUCAACUCUUCCUGCAUUAUUUGUUUUUGGGAAAGCUCCAAUUUGUGUAUCUAACUGCUCAAAGAAUUUGUCAAACUAUGCAUUGACCAGUGGCAAGCCUGUUGUGCUCCUUUUUGGACUGGAAUAUGCAUAUGCAAUACAGGAUAUUAAGGAAGCAUUUACAAUUGAAUCAUCAAGACCACAUGGGUCAACAUCCAAAUUAGAAUUUUAUUGUGCUGAUGUUAUUCGUUCAGUUAUGGAUCCAUCUGAAAAUGUCAAAACUUCCAGUGGGCACCUGGGGUUGGAUGGUAGCCUUGCUACUGAUCAAGGUUCUAGCAACACAAUUUGUACACUACAUAGCAUUGGCGGCUUGUCUUGGAGUUUACCUGAGGGACGUAGAAUAGAGGACUGUUUGAUUUGUUGGGUUGGUGCUGACAAUGCAGCCUUCGCAAAUGUUGUUCUGACAUUCAAUGGAUGUGAAAUAGUCAGAUAUGAUGCAGCAGAAAAUCGCUUAGUGACUGAUGUAUCUCACCAGAGAAGGAUUCUGAAGCGUAGAUAUUACCUGGUUGAGAAGGCAAAGGAUGCUAACAUUAUUGGGAUCUUGGUAGGAACUCUUGGUGUAGCUGGUUACUUGCACAUGAUUAAUCAGAUGAAGGGGUUGAUCACCAGAGCUGGAAAGAAAGUCUAUACUCUUGUUAUGGGAAAACCGAACCCUGCUAAACUUGCCAACUUUCCGGAGUGUGAUGUCUUCGUUUAUGUUUCUUGUGCACAAACUGCUCUUUUGGAUAGCAAAGAGUUCUUAUCUCCUGUUAUUACCCCUUUUGAAGCGAUGAUAGCUUUCAGCAGAGGAAGUCAAUGGACAGGAGCUUAUGUGAUGGAAUUUCAGAAUUUGAUGACUUCAUUUCCAAUGGAAUUAAGAGACCAAUUGGAAGAAGCACGAUUUUCAUUCCUUCAAGGUGGAUAUGUAGAAGAUUUUGAACUGGAAGAGACCAGUGAGGAAAAUGAAGAUGGAACUCUUGCCUUAGUGAAAGCAACAGAGAAGGCUCUUCAGGUGAGCGACAAGGACCCUAAAUCUAUAAUCAAGGGAACAGUUAAAUCUGGGGCAGAGUAUCUUGCAUCUCGAUCUUAUCGCGGUCUUGACAUUCAAAGCAACAGUUCCUUGCCGGAGCCCUUUUUAAUUGGUAGAACCGGGAAGGCUUCAGGGUAUGAGGAUGAGAAAAGCAAGCAAGAGAGCUUGUCAUGACUCUGCCUUGGAAAACUGUGAGUGUGUGUGUGUGAGAGAGAGAGAGAGAGAGGGAGAGAGAGAAAGAGAGAGAUGGGAAAGAUCACCCAAAGUUGUCAGUUUUUUUCUUUUUCUUUUUUUUUUUUUUUUUUUCGGGGGGGGGGGGGGGGUGCUUUUGGGACCAGUUUGUUUGUUUAUGUUGAAUUUGGGAGGAAAGAAAAUAUUAGGGUUUAUUAAAAUUGAAUAUGCAAAACAGUGUAUUUGGUUGACAAUGUCCAACUUUGAAGCAUGAAUAAAGUUAGGCCAUUUACAAAUGGUUUGGUCAA